AUGCCGAACAAACGUCGACAUCAUCUUAGCGUUUGUGGCAAUGCUUGGCACAGUUUGUGGAAUGGAAACGCGGAACUCACGCUCUUAAAAAUUCAUAGUGGCAAAAUUAAAGCAGACGUUCUGAAAUUUUUAAAUGAAAAGCAAUUUUUAAAAGAAAAAUGCCAAAACAUUUGUGAUUUAUGUGUAACUAAAGCAACUGAAUACAUCGAGGAAGACGAACCUCAAGCCAAAUCUCCCAAAGCCGAUCAACAGAAGGACGAUGAAGAGGAUAUUUCAUCUAUCGAUUUUGAAAAUCUGAGUGUGAAUGAAUCAUUAAAUAUUGAAGUGGAUAAAGUUUGUGAUGCAUUGAUAAAUGAUCUCUUGGAUGAAGACCAAGAAUUGAAACUCUAUCACGCAUUAGCAGUUAACAUCAAAAAUAAAUAUCGAAGUGGAUAG